UUCUUCACAAUAUACACACUGACUCACUGUUCUGAUUCAUAUCCGAAAUACAAUUCCGUUAUUCCCUCUCUCUCUUUUGUUUCAUCGAUGGGCGACACUGUUGUUGCUGAAGUACCCGCAAAGAGGGGAAGGGGCAGAAGGGCCCUGAAGGAGAAAACCCCAUCAACGAACGAUGCCAACAUCAUCAUAGCCACACCAAUUUCGCCAUCAUCCGAUAAGGCACAAGUUCCCUCAAAGAAAAAACAAGAUUCCAAGAAGCAGCAAUCUUUCGAGAAAGAAUUGCUUGAGAUGCAGGAAAUGUUGCAGCAGAUGCGCCUCGAGAAGGAGAAGACCGAAGAGCUCUUGAAGCUCAAGGACGAGGCUCUCAAGCAGAAAGACGAAGAGCUCAAAAACCGCGGCCGCGAGCAAGAGAAGCUUCAGACCGAGCUCAAAAAAUUGCAGAAGUUGAAGGAGUUUAAACCUACCAUGAAUUUGCCUGUGUUGAAAGAUAAUGAAGAAAAGAAGGAUAAGAAGAAGAAGGGGUGCUCUGAGAAGAAAAGGCCUUCUCCACCUUACAUUUUGUGGAUGAAAGACCAAUGGAAUGAGAUCAAGAAAGCGAACUCAGAGGCAGAAUUUAAGGAAAUUUCUACCAUGCUGGGUUCUAAAUGGAAGACUGUUACUGCAGAAGAGAAGAAGCCUUAUGAGGAGAUAUACCAUGCCGAGAAAGAAGCUUAUUUGCAAAUGAUUGCAAAGGAAAAACGUGAGACUGAGGCAAUGAGGUUGUUGGAAGACGAGCAGAAGCAGAAGACUGCCAUGGAGUUGCUCGAACAGUACAUGCAAUUCAAACAAGAGGCAGAAAAAGAGGGCAAGAAGAACAAGAAAGAGAAGGAUCCAUUGAAACCGAAGCACCCCAUGUCAGCUUAUUUCUUGUUCACUAAUGAUAGACGAGCAGCUCUUGUUGCUGAGAACAAGAAUUUCUUGGAGGUUCCAAAGAUCACAGCCGAAGAGUGGAAAAACAUGACAGAAGAACAAAAGAGACCCUAUGAAGAGAUGGCAAAGAAAAAUAAGGAGAAAUAUGCCCUAGAAAUGGAGGUUUAUAAACAGAAGAAAGAUGAGGAGGCUGCCCAUUUCAUGAAGGAAGAGGAGGAGCAUAUGAAACUUCAAAAACAAGAAGCAUUGCAACUGCUGAAGAAGAAGGAGAAAACCGAAAAUAUAAUCAAGAAAACAAAACAGAAGAAGAAACAAAACAAGGAUGACAAGAAUUCUGAUCCAAACAGGCCUAAGAAGCCUGCAUCCUCUUUCAUCUUAUUCAGCAAAGAAGCAAAGAAAACUUUACAUGAGGAGCGACCAGGAAUCAACACCUCAACCCUUAAUGCACUUGUUUCAUUGAAGUGGAAGGAACUGAGCGUGGAGGAUAGACAAUUCUGGAAUGGCCAAGCAUCAAAAGCAAUGGAUGCAUACAAGAAGGAAUUGGAGGAAUACAACAAAUCCAUUGCCGCAACUGCAAGCCAGGAGCUGAAAACCGAAUAAUAAUGGAGAAAUAAGAAAUUAAAAAUCCUCUUGUGCAUGUUCAAAAUUGUAUUGAAUAUGCUUAUCUUUAAAAUUUAGUUGUCAUUGAAGUUAGUUUUUUAGCUGUAAAUUUUCUUUUACGAAGACUUUUUCUAGCAAUUUUUCUUCAUGUAGUUGCUUUCAUGCAGAUUUUAUUAAUAUUGAAUUUGGCCAUUUUAAUCUUA